AUGGCAUUCCGAUCCUCCGUCAGGAAAAACAAAACACCAAAGAAGAAAAUUCAAAAACGUGAGAACACUAAACGCCUGAAGAAUGUCUGUUUCAAGGACGACAACGUGGCACCCAGGAGAUCGGUCAGGAUAAGGAAUGCUAAUUCGCAAACCCAAGAUCCCGACGAGGACGACAUGUCAUUGAACGUUGCGAAAAACACCAAUCUGCACGUUGACAAGAAUCUGCAGCCAGUUGUCGUUUUAGAACGCAUAAACAUUGACGACUUCUUUCCAAAAGAUUCCGAUCCUCCGUCAGGAAAAAAAAAACACCAAAGAAGAAAAUUCAAAAACAUUCCGAUCCUCCGUCAGGAAAAAAAAACACCAAAGAAGAAAAUUCAAAAACGUGAGAACACUAAACGCCUGAAGAAUGUCAGUUCCAAGGACGACAACGUGGCACCCAGGAGAUCGGUCAGGAUAAGGAAUGCUAAUUCGCAAACCCAAGAUCCCGACGAGGACGACAUGUCAUUGAACGUUGCGAAAAACACCAGUAACAACACGAGCAAGGAUGAUGCAACGGUGGCCAAACGCAGAGAACCACAUAAUCUGCACGUUGACAAGAAUCUGCAGCCAGUUGUCGUUUUAGAACGCAUAAACAUUGACGACUUUUUUCCAAAAGAUUCCGAUCCUCUGUCAGGAAAAACAAAACACCAAAGAAGAAAAUUCAAAAACGACGACAACGUGGCACCCAGGAGAUCGGUCAAGUUAAGGAAUGCUAAUUCGCAAACCCAAGAUCCCGACGAGGACGACAUGUCAUUGAACGUUGCGAAAAACACCAGUAACAACACGAGCAAGGAUGAUGCAACGGUGGCCAAACGCAGAGAACCACAUAAUCUGCACGUUGACAAUAAUCUGCAGCCAGUUAUCGUUUUAGAACGCAUAAACAUUGACAACUUCUUUCCAAAAGAUUCCGAUCCUCCGUCAGGAAAAAAAAACACCAAAGAAGAAAAUUCAAAAACGAGAUCGGUCAGGAUAAGGAAUGCUAAUUCGCAAACCCAAGAUCCCGACGAGGACGACAUGUCAUUGAACGUUGCGAAAAACACCAGUAACAACACGAGCAAGGAUGAUGCAACGGUGGCCAAACGCAGAGAACCACAUAGUGAAUUCCGAUCCUCCGUCAGGAAAAACAAAACACCAAAGAAGAAAAUUCAAAAACGUGAGAACACUAAACGCCUGAAGAAUGUCAGUUCCAAGGACGACAACGUAGCACCCAGGAGAUCGGUCAGGAUAAGGAAUGCUAAUUCGCAAACCCAAGAUCCCGACGAGGACGACAUGUCAUUGAACGUUGCGAAAAACACCAAUCUGCACGUUGACAAGAAUCUGCAGCCAGUUGCCGUUUUAGAACGCAUAAACAUUGACGACUUCUUUCCAAAAGAUUCCGAUCCUCCUUCCAAGGACGACAACGUGGCACCCAGGAGAUCGGUCAGGAUAAGGAAUGCUAAUUCGCAAACCCAAGAUCCCGACGAGGACGACAUGUCAUUGAACGUUGCGAAAAACACCAGUAACAACACGAGCAAGGAUGAUGCAACGGUGGCCAAACGCAGAGAACCACAUAAUCUGCACGUUGACAAGAAUCUGCAGCCUGAUGGUCUACCAUGA